CGAACGGAAGUUGGAGCAGGACUGCUACGGCUGCGAUGAGCUUCAACCCAUAUCAGUUACAGUGUACAGGAGCAGAAAACGGAGAUAGUAAUGCACAAGAUGACCCUUUCACCUCAGGUCAAGUUACCAAACUCUUAAAUGAUAACAGGAGUGUAACAUUCCUAUUAAAAGAGUUGAAUGCUGUGGCGGAAUCUAAUAAAAAGCUUCAGGAUAAACUGUCAGAAAAAGAGCAUGAAUUGGAAAUUUUAAAGCUUGACACUGAAUUACAAGAAAAAGCAGCAGAAGCCAAAAUAGCUGAAAAGGCUACAGUGCUUGUUGAAGAAAUCUAUCGUGCACAAAAGGAACGUGAUGCAGCAGUUAUGGCUCGACUUAGACUUGCCAAUGAAGAAAGAGAUGAAGCCCUCAUCCGAGCUAAAUGGCUAGAACAGACCUUUGAAGGGUUGGAAAAUAUUAACCCUGAAGAAAAUGACAUGACAUUACAGGAAUUACUGAACCGAAUCAACAAUGCAAAUACAAGGAGAUCUAUUGACCAGAAUGAAGAUUUAAUUGUGGAUCGAAUACGCAAAGCCAGAGAGCGGAAGAAGAAAAUAACCGCUGAAGAAAUUAAUGCAGUUAUUGAGGAGAGAGAUUGUGCUUUGGAAAGAUGUAAACAGUUGGAGCAGGAGCUUCAUCUUUUGAAAGAGCAGAACCAGGCAUUGGCAAACAGUACGACACAGCUGAUGACUGAAAACAACCAAGAACGUGCCUUGAAGACUGAAUUACUCACAGUACAGAAAGAAAGGGACAGAGCUUUAGAGCGAUGUAAGGAACAAGAGGAAGAAAUUCAGACACUGAGACUUUAUUACAGCUUACACAAGUCAUUAUCUCAAGAGGUCCCUGUUACUGACCAGUUCAACAUUGCGCUAAGCACUUAUGAUGAUGCUUUAUGCGCUACCAAGGACAUUAAGUCAGCCACGCACCACCAAAAUGAAGAUCUUGCAAACCAGUUACAACUGGCUGAGGUAGAACAAGCAAACAUGAAGAUUAAACUGCAGCAAGCCUUGGAAGCCAAAAUCCAACUGAGUGAAAAAGUUCAGAAGUUGGAACGGCUGGUAGACGUCCUGAGGAAAAAGAUUGGAACAGGGAACAUCAGGACGGUGACUUAAUUGAGUAGCAGUGUCUGACGAUGUAGUCACAUCUGCUGACCAGGCCAUUCUAUUCAUCAUUCUACAAAUAAAAAAGCCUGGUUUUAGCAAACAAUUGUUGUAACCGCCACACUGAAAUAA